GGCCCACCGCGCAGCACAACCAUGCUGGCCCCGCGGCUGCCGCUCGGCCCGGUGGGGCUGCUGCCGCUGCUGCCGCCGCUGCUGCUGCUCCAGCUGUUCCAGCUGCCGCUGCCCGUCCGGCCGGAUCCCGAAGCCAGCUGCGACCCCGACGGCUGCUACGCGCUCUACAGCCAGCCGCGCAGCUUCCUCGACGCCUGGCGCGCCUGCCGGGAGCUGGGGGGCAACCUGGCCACGCUGAAGCGAGCCGAAGAGGCGGCCCAGGUCAGCCAGCUGCUGGCCGGGAGCCGCCGGCCCGGCCCGCCCCGUCUCUUCUGGAUCGGGCUGCAGCGGCAGCCGCGCCAGUGCUUCCCGCAGCGGCCCUUGCGCGGCUUCAGCUGGGUCACCGGCGAGCAGGAGACGGCCUACAGCAACUGGGCGCGGGCCGGCCCGGCCGUCGGGACCCCGGGAGCCGGCUGCGCCGCGCCGCGCUGCGUGGCUUUAGACGACCGCGACUUCCAGUGGCUGGAGGGCUCGUGCGCCGGCCCGGUGGACGGCUACCUCUGCCGCUUCGCCUUCCGAGGCAUGUGCGCCGGCUUGGAGGAGGGGGAAGCGGUCGCCCUCCGCUACGCGGCGCCCUUCGGGCCGCUGGCCGCCGCCGCCGUCGGGGCGCCGCCGCCGCGCUUCGUGCCCUUCGGGACGGUGGCGUCGGUGGGCUGUCCCGGCGGCGCCUCGCUGUCCCUGCUGUGCCUGCAGAAGGAGGACGGGCGGGCGGGCUGGUCCAAGAGCGGGCCGCUGUGUCGGGAGCCGUCGGGGGCCGCGUCGGCUUCGUCCUCGGCCGCCGCCUCGGCGUCGGCGUCCAGCUGGUGCGAGGGGGACAACGGCGGCUGCCAGCAGCUGUGCCUGGACGAGGGCUCGGGCUACGCCUGCGAGUGCCACGCCGGCUUCGCGCUGCUCCCCGACGGGCGCUCCUGCGCCGCCCGCGACCCCUGCCGCCACCGGCCCUGCCAGUUCGACUGCGUGGCCGAGGAAGCGGAGGAAGAGGAGGAGAGCGGAGACGGCUACCGCUGCCGCUGCCCGGCCGGCUACGAGCUGGCUUCCGACGGCCACCGGUGCGAGGACUUGGACGAGUGCCUGGAAGCGCCGUGCGAGCACCAGUGCGAGAACACCGAGGGCUCCUACCUCUGCCGCUGCCACCUGGGCUUCAGCCCGGCCGAGGACGAGCCGGGCCAGUGCGUGGACACGGACGAGUGUCAGAUCCCCGGCGUGUGCCAGCAGAUGUGCGUGAACUACGUGGGAGGCUUCGAGUGCUAUUGCACCGAGGGCUUCGACCUGGAAGCCGACGGCAUCAGCUGCAGCCCGCUGGACGGGCUGGCCCCCGCCGGCCCCGACGCCACCCCGCCGGAGCUGUGGGUCGACCCUUUCCACGUGCGCUUCACCACCCGCCAGGCGGACGAGCCCAGCGCCCCGCCGGUCCGCUUCUCGCUCUUCCGCGACGGGGAGACCGGCUCGUCGGAAUCCGCCGCCUCUUUCUUGUCGCUGCCCGACCGGCUGGUCUUCCCUCCCCCGCCGGGACCAGCCGCCACGGCCCCCGAGUUGGACAGCGCCUGGGACAAUUCUCCCUUGGAGCGCGCGGGGGCCUCGCCGGGGCAGCCCGAGGUCCUCCAUCCCACCCCCGCCGCGUCCCGGCUUCCUCUUCUUUUGACGAGCAGCGUUGGGUCCCUGCCUGUUGGGGUCCCGGGGGAGCCCCGGACGACCCCGCCGCCGCCUCCCGGGGCGUCCGCUCCCUCGGAGGAGAAAGUGGAGCCGGUGGUUGAAGGAGUCAGGGCGCCCCUGCCCACCUUCGCCACCCCCGGCCCGGCCUCCGAGGAGGAGGAGGGGGGGCAAGGGCGGCCGAAGAGGGAUGACCGGUGGCUCCUGGUGGCCUUGCUGGUGCCCAUCUCCGUCUUCUUGGUGGUCAUGCUGGCCCUGGGCAUCGUCUACUGUACCCGCUGCGGAGCUCGGGCCAAAAGCCGGAGCGUGACUCAGUGUUACCGCUGGGUGAUCAGCACGUCCGAAAAAACGGCCCCGCCCGCCUCGUCCCGGCUUUGCCAACCGGCCACUUGCCGGACCAGUGUCUGAAGCACGGGGCCAGCGCCGGGGGAGGGGAGGGGGCGAGGGCCCUGCUCCCUGGCCGGGUGGGCACAGGACAGGAAAGACC